AGCUUUCUCGAGCACGGAGCUCUGGGUUUUUCUUCUCUCUACCGACAUCGCUUUUUCCGUGCUGCAUUGUAUGCGGAAACUUUGCUGCGGGUUGAGGUAACGGUCCGUUCGGUCCUUUUCUGCUCUUCUGUUCACUGCCGUUGGUUCAGCAUAAACGAGAGUGCUGUCUACCCCGGAUUAAUCGAAUUUCCGUGGUGCGACUUCGCGACCCUGAACUGCUGAAGUGAGUUCAUCCUUGUCGUUUGAUCCAGAGAGGCCGAUGUGGGCCCUGGAGGAUCGGCUGCGGUUUCGCUCGGGUGCGUAGCGGCGACGACGACGACGGGGCAGCGGGACCCCGCGUCCCGGAGUGAGGCGGCGAGGUGGCGCUCCAGCUGAAGAUGUCGUUCCUGGAGCACCGCGUGACGCUGCUGGUGUUCUUCGCGCUGCUCACCUACUUCCUCUGGAUGGACGUGGCGCUGUACCACCGGAUCCAGAGCCUGAGCCUGGUCGGGCCGACGCCGUCCUCCCGGCCCUCGGGCCUCUUCUCGCCCUUCACGGGGCUCUCCGUCAAGAUGAUGAUGAUGGACCAGGUGAACAACUACAUCCACGCGCCGCUCGCCAACCUCUUCAACCAGGUGACGCGCUUCAGCGAGGUGUUCUACUUCGUGACGCCCAACAUGAUCAGCGUGGCCGGCCUGUUGAGCGCCGUGGCCGCCGCCCGGGUGGUCACCGAGGACAGCCUGACGAUGCAGCGGUGCGCCGUGCUCCUCAUGAUGCUGCGCACCUGGUUUGACGCCCUGGACGGGCUCGUGGCCCGCUCGCGGAUGGGCCUCGUCCGGCACAUGUCCGUUCGCGAGACGUCGGGCUACGUUGUGGACGGCGCGGCGGACACGCUGGGGUUCGCCGUCUUCCUGGUGGGCUGCUUCCUGCACCUGCGCAAGAAGCUACCCACCACCAAGCACUACCUGCCCAUGAUGCAGGUGGACUGCGCGGCCGAGAAGACCGCCUCCAGCGGCAUCUCCACCUUCUCUGUGAUCCAGCAUCCUGUGAAAAAAAUCAUCUUUGUCAUUGUGUGUUUCGGUGUGCAAAUGGCCAUCAGCUGUCUGUUCUGGGAUCGCUAUAUCAACGAAUAUCACAUGCUGCUCGAAACUGCCGGCUCAGGAAAAGGGAUUGCUCAAACAGAGGUGCUUCGUUCAUCGAUGAUGUGGAUUAUCAUGUGGUUCUGGCGGAUAUCCAAUGCUCAUGCCCUCAUGGAGAUGUUUUUGUGUGCUAUUUUUGUCAAUCGUAUGUGGGAGUUUUUGACGUGGGUUCAAUUCAUUGGCUUUGCAGAGCUGGGAACGCUCAUACUGUUCACCGAAGUUCAUCUCAGCAGUGUGAGGAGCUACCUUGCCUGAGUAUGCAUGGUUCAAGACAACACGAAAUGAAAGAGAAUGUCGGACUGUACUUUGUGAUAUGUUCUACUGCGAGAUAAUCUGCGCUUCCUAGAUUGCCCUCAGAAGGGACACAGAUGGGAUGGCUUCGUCACAAAGCUUUUCCUGCAAAGCAGAAACAAAGCCACCGUAUUUGGAGUGCAGUGCACUUGAAUGUAAAACGUGCAACCUUUCUUGAACAUUUUCAACAUCCCCUUUCUUCUUUCUUUUUUUCGGUGCAUUGUCGUCAUCACAGGUUGAUCGUGAAAGGGAUGGUGCCAAGUUUUCCUAAAGUGUACGGGUCACAUAUCAUGUUUGUGCGGCAUGUUUCGCAGCCACAUUUUUUGGCUCGGCUCUGCGAUAUGGCACUGUAUCUUGCAGCAAACAAGGUGUUUCAGAGAAUUUAUUGCAGCCAGGCUACAACAGGCUGCUUACAAGUGUAACAACGAUUCAUGUUUUGCCGGGGCAUUUGCGUUUACAAUCAGCCAUACUUUGUCUUGCCUUUAUGUGGACUGCAGCAAAGGCUCAAGCUCGAACUCCAUGCACCUUAACUGAGCAGACUAAUGUGCAGCAGGUACACAAACAUAGGUUAUGAGCUUGUGCCUGUAUAACAUUUGUGGCAGUCUAUGUUAAGGUGAGGCAGGCUAUAAAAGUGUUACAGCCAUGAGAUGUUUAGUUCGGGGAUUUGAUUGUGCACCAAUUAAUGGCAUCAUCUGGCAAUGCAAAACAAUAUACAGAGCAUUCUUGAGCGCCAUUCAGUCGUAAAAUAAGAAAGAUAAAUAAGCCUAUGAACGAAGUACAUUGAAACAUUUUUGCAAAGCUGUCCAUAAUGUGAUGUUUCUAUUACACUCAAAUUUUGUGUUCGUUAAUUCCUCGAAAAGAGAGAAGCAAGAAAAGAAAAUAGAAAAUAAAUCGCCUAGUUGGCGCAGCCUUUUUCCUUGUAUUUAUUUUAUUUUUCUCCAGUAACCUACUUGCGAAAUUAUGAUCGCUAAAUGCACCACCUAAAGACACAUCUGAGAUGUAUUUCAUUACAUUCUGUUCGUUGGCUUAUUUACGACUUUUUGUUGCGUGUUGAAUAGUGCUCAAGAGCACUCUAUAGCUAAUACUUGUUACCAUGCAAAUUGUAGCCAACGAAAAACGGUGGUAUUUCAGCAAUCUCGACUAUGCAGCUGAACAUCAAACUGGUGAUAAAGAGAGCUCUUUUCAAAGUACGCACAGCUGUAUAUACUAGUGGAUGACAGAAAUCGCUCCCCCCUCACUCAAGACAUUCCUAUACCCCAAUAAGCAACUGCACAACGUAUUGCAAGGAUGCAUUUAAUUCCAAAGCAACAUCCACAAGGGUCAGACACAUGCCUGUGCAUAGCCGAUUCAGGUGGUCUUUGGAAUUUCCGAGGUUUGGGCUUUAGAUAUAGGGUCCUAUUUUUUUACCAUUGUAUUUGACGUGAGAGCAUCUUGUAUUUUCUAGAACAGGUGCGGAACGGAGUGUUAUAGGAAUUAUGCAUUUGUCCGACAACUUUAUGUCAAAAUGUUGCUAGGAUUGAACUGGUUUAUUUAUAGACUAAAUCCUUCGUGUUUGACGAUUGCGGCACUCUUGAGCUCCAUAUCUAGCAAAUUGUUACCAUGAAACACAUAUACCUAAACAGGUAAGCACCCAUUGUUGCCAACCAGCUGAUUAACUUUGUUUGGCCACUACCUUAUAUCGUCUCUGCAUUUUUGUUGUUUUAUGGGACGGGAGAAGUUGGUAACUUAUAAGUUUCCAGCAAUAUCUUCAGCCUACAAAUGUUCAACGAAAUGGAUGUUGAAAAUUUCAUGAAGUCAGCAAUGUUCUAAUCAUUUUUGAAGUGUCAGUGCCUUGCAUAUCUAAAGACAUAUCAAACUUAAUUUUGUGCAAGUAGUCACUAUGUGUAAGGCCGGAUUGUAGUCACCAUGAGUAAUACGCUUCAGUAGCUUUUCGAACAGCCCGUUGUCUGAGUUGUAAGGCAGCAAGUUCCAUUGGUGUCGUUCCUCUUGCUCUCCUGCAUUUAGAGGCUUGCGUUUCUCAUAAAAUUGUUCCAAAUUUGGCAAAAGCUUUUGAAUAUUGAAAUAUGUCGGCCAACUAUCCGCCUAUGCGCUCUGUAGAAGUGAAGCGCCUGAUUGUUUCAUGCACUGAGUUUGAAUUCACUGGCAGAGAGCAGAGCUACUGUGCACAAUAGAGUGUGCACAGUAGACCUGACACUAAAACGAGCUGAAAAAUUUGCCGCCGUCGCAUAGAAAGCUCAAACUUUCACCGCAUGUGCAAUAAUGUGAUCAGUUUUACCUCGCUGAAUUUCAAGGCAUAAUUCAUCUCCUGUAAAAAAUAAGAUCAACAAUUUUGCCACAGUGGCGGACGGGUUCGCAGACGACCGAGUUAGCAACGAUAUAGACACACCUAGAAGACAACUAAGUGCAUCAUCUGCUCGCUGUGCCUAUUGGGAGAUGGCGCCAUGACUUGCAUUCAUCUCUAAUUUGGUCGUCUGCAAAAACAUCUGCAGUUGACUUUGGCAAGUUUGUAGGUUUCAUUUCUUACAGGAAAAGAACUGUGCAUUGAAAGUUCGCAAGGUAAAUCUGACCACCUCAAUCCACAUCCAGUGAAAGUUUGAGUUUUCCUAACCGUUUUACAGCUCAAGAUUUUCUGUGAGCACCGAACUGCAUGGAUAUGUGUGAAACGCGGUCACGGCUGGCGUCGCAGCAGAUGUCUUGAGCCCCCCUUUUUUUUCUUUUUUUUCGUUCGGGGACGUUGGUUUGGGGUUGUACGCUAGUCAAGCCCCUGCUACUUGAUAUGCAGCCGAAGAAGGCAUUGCACGUCGCAACGGGUUUCCAUAGAGAAUUCCCGUCUCUGCCGCCGGUGGUUAGAACAGAUGUUGGAACUCUAGUCCAGCAAAGCCAAAGUAUUUGUGCUUCCUCACAUUCGUUAGAUCAGCUGGAGAAUUGAAAGUUCAUUUUAGACGGUGCCAGUCGUAUGCGGCGUCAACUUGAUUGCUGCUCUCGUGUUCGGUGCAUGCUUUUGAGACUUCCCGCGAUCCGAAAUUGCUCGUUGGAGCGAUUUCAGAAUGGAAUGGAAAGCAAUCCGAAAUUGCUUUCCAUUAGAGGCUGACCCAGGUUUUGUGUCAUCCAAAGCGUGGCUUCGGAGGGAAGCGGAAGGCAGCAGAGUUGGCCGUCUGCCAAACACCUGCAUCCGCAGCUUGUCACCCGUCGAAAACACUGUGCAUUUUCGACAUGUGACAAGUUGCCCGACACUGAGCUGUCCGACCAACUAGGUUCGUUUACACACUUGUGAGUGCUUACAACCGAGCGCAUUGAUCUUAUGAUCUGUUAUGACAAGAAGAUACACUGGCCCGCUGGCACCACCUAUGGGUGGCCGCAGAACUGCAUUUCACUGGAGCGAAGGUUUUGCGCUGUUUGUGGAGUCAAAUGUACGGACUAUGAACAAGAAAUUGUUGCUUACGAUACCAUCAGAAAGUUUUUGAAGCCAAUAAUGAAAAAUUGAUGUGCGAAAAAAAAAAUGUACGGAAAUAGCAAGGAGUUUUAAGGCAUUAGGUUAUAAGCAGCCACAGGUGAACGAUCCUUGGCUGUGUGUUCUCCCAGUCAUUGCAAAUAAAAAGGGGGAAAGACAGUGAGGGCUCGCUUCCUGAAGAUGUGGAAAUUGUGUCAAUUUGAUUGACAGGAUAGAUUCAAAUACAGCUACAAAUAUUUUUAGUAACAUUUUUUUUAACUGAUUCACUGCAUGUGCGAGGAAGCAUAGAGGUAGGACCAUUUUGCGAACAACCUUCGGUGUUCUUCCAAUACGAGACGGACCGCAAAGAUCCGGUGCACUUCCCGGAGAAGUGCACCUGCUGUUCCAAUAAGAAUAAAAUGUCUCAAGCCUAGCAAUACAGGGGGAAAAUUUAUCCCACCAAGGGCUCUAGACGACACAAACUUACUUGUGAGAGCAUACGACCUGGCUUCAAAGCAGUGUUACAAUCUGGAGGCCUAAGCUGCAAUCACUUCGGUAGUGCCUCCAUAUGCCUAAAAUUUUUCCAGGAUAUAUACACGUUUUGCUCGAGCUUAAUAUUUUGGUAGUUAGCUUAGGCAAGAAUUACUUGACGAAUGAAUGUGACAAACUAUGCUGUAGAUAUACCGUAAAAUACCAUGCAUCCGCCCAUUAAGCACCCGUUACCAAAUUUGUAAGAUCUGAGAAAAUGCGCACAGUGCAUUUAUAUCUAAAAUUGAUGACCGGACUAGCUCCCAUCCCCCAUUUUUUUGUGAUUAUCUCCAAAGUUUGAGUGGGCGCCUUCUCGGUAUUUUACGGCAGUCGAUUUGCAUCUAUACACAAUUGGCUGUGUAUUCGAGGAGCUUCUUAAAACUGUGCAGAAAAGGUAUCCUAUGUUCUAGUCCGUGGCUCUUGGCCAAUCUAAGCAAGAGUGCAUUUGGUAUGGAAUGUUUUUUGUUGACAGAAGUAGUCCCUGCUCAAACAAUGAACAAAACUGGGAGAAGCACUUGAUCACAAGGCAAUCAUGUAUAAAAUAUGUUUUAUUAACCGAGACAUUAAAAAUGAACACCUUUCAA